AUGGCCAAAUUUGGAACGCCUUCAUCAGUAGGUAUGUUUGCUACAGUUGGGGAUGCGGAUGGUGUGGAUGUAGGUACCGAGGAUGGUACACGUGCAUCAAUCGAGGAAGGGGAUGGUGUGGAUGUAAGCACUGGGGACGGACCACUUGCAUCAAUCGAAGAUGGAAAUAGUCUAACUUCAAUCAAAGGUAGAGAUGGUAUGGUGCGCAACCAGCAGAACCAGCUUCACUCCUUCGCGAGCCGCCACAAGUUUCUCGAAGACCACCUUCGAAUGCAGCACGAAGGGUGGGUCUCUGAUGUUCGACGUCACAAGGAUCAAAUUUCUCAGAUGAAUGGGAUGUUGACGUCUGAGGAGAAGAAACGAUCGCUCGAGGCAGCAAAGGCGGAUUUUGCGAUGGGUUUGAAGCACACAGAGGCUGCUAUAGCUAAAUAUGAUCCAAAAAGUGAUUUAUUGGAUCACGAGUUCAUGCUAAAAGGGAAAUGGUUUCAACAGAAGGACAUGGAGAAAUCCUUUCAAGACCUUUUACGGAAGCAGGAAGGAGAUCGAUCAGUGUGGGAAUAUCCAUUUGUUUUUGCUGGUGUUAACAUCACAUUCAUGCUUAUUCAGAUGCUGGAUCUUGAAGCAGUUACCACUGAUCAUUAUCUUAGUGAUGGCUAG